AUGUAUGGGCGGUACACCCAGGAACUGGGUGUGUAUGCCAAGGAGGAGGCAGCCCGCCUACGGGAUGGAGGGGUUCGAGAUGGUGGUGGGCUGCGGAGGAACACCAGCGUCCGAAGCCGGGCGGGAGAUCUGCUGGAGUACGAGAAAGAUCCCUGUGCAAAGUGCCAUUCCCUCAAGGACUGCCCCAAUGUAAAAAGAUGGCCCCCUCUGCAGGCUGCCAGCGGCCUGCCGUUUGUGUGUGCAUCUCGCUGCCAGAAGUUCCUGAUCUCUCGGGUCGGGGAGGACUGGAUCUUCCUCAUUCUGCUGGGACUUCUCAUGGCUCUGGUCAGCUGGGUCAUGGACUACGCCAUCGCCUUCUGCCAAGAAGCACAGAAGUGGAUGUAUGGUGGACUGGACAGUAACAUGCUUCUGCAGUACAUCGCCUGGGUCACGUACCCUGUGGUGCUCAUCACAUUCUCGGCAGGAUUCACACAGAUACUGGCACCGCAGGCUGUGGGCUCAGGUAUUCCCGAAAUGAAGACGAUACUUAGGGGAGUGGUGCUUAAAGAGUAUCUGACUUUCAAGACCUUUGUUGCCAAAGUCAUCGGUCUAACCUGCGCUUUAGGCAGUGGGAUGCCUCUGGGAAAAGAGGGACCCUUCGUUCACGUUGCCAGUCUCUGCGCUGCUCUCCUGAGCAAAUUCAUGGCAGCUCUUUUUGGAGGGAUUUACAUGGAAGAGCCCUUUGAAGGAAGCAAGAAUGAGCUCAGGAACACGGAGAUGCUGUCGGCAGCCUGUGCCGUGGGUGUGGGCUGCUGCUUCGCUGCCCCUAUCGGAGGUGUGCUGUUCAGCAUUGAGGUCACGUCAACUUUUUUUGCUGUGAGGAACUACUGGAGGGGCUUCUUUGCUGCUACUUUCAGCGCUUUCAUAUUCAGAGUGCUCGCCGUCUGGAACCAGGAGGAAGAGACCAUCACUGCUCUCUUUAAGACACGCUUCCGUCUGGAUUUCCCAUUCGACCUUCAGGAGCUGCCAGCAUUCGCCGUGCUCGGGAUUGCUUGUGGUUUUGGGGGUGCUCUGUUUGUGUAUCUCAACCGGCUGAUUGUGGAGUGCAUGAGAAAACAGAAGACCAUUAACAAGUUUUUGCUAAGAAAUCCAUCUCUUCCUGUUAGACGUCUGGUGUAUCCUGCUCUCGUCACCCUACUGGUCUCAACUCUCACGUUCCCCCCGGGUUUUGGACAGUUCAUGGCCGGUCAGCUGACACAACACGAGUCUCUGGUGGCGCUGUUCGACAACCGCACGUGGUGCAGACAGGGUGUUGCAGAGGAGUUCGACUACAUCAGCCACCACCACGCUUGGAAACAUCCACAGGUCAACGUCUUCAUCACACUCAUCCUCUUCAUCAUCAUGAAGUUCUGGAUGUCCGCUGUGGCUACCACCAUGCCUGUUCCAUGUGGAGCAUUCAUGCCAGUGUUUCUUAUCGGUGCAGGAUUUGGCAGACUGGUUGGAGAGAUCAUGGCAACCAUGUUUCCUGAUGGAAUACAUGAAGACGGUAGUGUGUAUCCCAUAGUUCCUGGUGGCUACGCCGUGGUUGGCGCUGCAGCUCUGUCUGGAGCGGUCACACACACGGUCUCCACAGCAGUGAUAGUGUUUGAGCUGACCGGACAGAUAUCCCACAUCUUGCCGGUGAUGAUUGCUGUGAUCCUCGCCAACGCCGUGGCGCAGGCGCUCCAGCCCUCGCUUUACGACUCCAUCAUCCGCAUCAAGAAACUUCCAUAUCUACCAGAGCUGGGGAUGGGACAUCAUGAGAAGUAUAAUAUCCGUGUGGAGGACAUCAUGGUCAGGGACGUCAGUUACAUUACUCUUAACUCUUCCUACCGUGACCUGCAGGAGAUGCUGCUGACUGGUCAACUGAAAACACUUGCCUUGGUUGAGUGCAGAGACUCCAUGAUCCUGCUGGGCUCCAUAGAGCGUCUGCAGCUCCAGUCCCUUCUGUCUCUACAGCUGGGCCACCAACGGAGGCUGGAAUACCUGCGCGAGUUGGCCCAGGACAACGGCACCCACGAUCCCCUGCCCAGUCUGACCUCGGACAGCAGCCCCAGCUCCCCCUGUGGUCAAAGCCACCUCAACGCUUCGACCAGCACUGGCGCUCGCCAGGGGGUCCGCUUCCUGGUGAGCACCCAAGAGAUCUCCACAGAGGAGUCUUCCUCCUUCAGCCCAGCGGUUUCCGGUGCGCAGCUUCCUCUGAAAUCCGCCCUCAAAACUGUGUCUGCCAUCAGCGAGACAGAAACACCGAACAGCUCACAGACCCUUUCAUGUGCAGAUCCGGACAAGGAGCUGUUGGAGAGCCCAGCUGGGCCGGCUCCUCCUGAAAAAAGAAAGCCCAAACGAGUGAGGAUCUCCAUGGCGGACUCCACUGAAGUAGAAGACUGUAUGACCCCCUCAGAGAUAGCAGAGUGGGAGGAGCAGCAGCUCGACGAGCUGGUGGAUUUCAAGAACUGCAAAAUAGAUCCCGCACCUUUCCAACUGGUGGAGCAAACAUCUCUGCACAAGACUCACACCAUCUUCUCUCUCCUGGGCCUGGAUCACGCCUACGUGACCAGCAUGGGGCGGCUCGUUGGAGUAGUAUCUCUCAAAGAGCUACGCAAAGCCAUCGAGGGCUCGGUGACGGUGACCGGAGUGAAGGUUCGACCCCCUCUGGCCAGUUUCCGUGACAGUGGGAACAGCACAACCGUAUCCGAGGUAACCGAACUUCACAAGCUGUGCAUGCGGCACAGAGGGCUGACGUUGCCACGGGAACCCAAACCUCUGGACGGGGCUAACCAAUCGAACCACCCAUACACAGAUGUCCCUAUCACGUUUUCGGACCAAACUAAUUUGCAGUUUGAAACCAGUCUCGGCGACGUGUCGAACCCGUUGUCAGAGCUGGUCCUUCAGGAAAGCCCCUCGUUCAACGAGGACCAAUCACAGUUUACUUUUGACUGCAGCCCCUCCCACACCGAGGAGUCAGAGUUGGCUUGUGACUAUGACCCUCCCACCCAAACUCCAGAACCAGAGGAAACGGAGCAGGAGCUUGGGAGCCCAUCUCCGAACAAUGACCAAUCAGAGCCUGUGGGAGAGGGUAGCACCGUCCACCUUGAGGAUCGCACAGAAUGAUCAGAUAUUUUCUGUCCCAUCAUGAAUGUUGACGUUUCUUACAUUUGUAGAGGUCCAGCCUAGAUGCUCGUGUUUAUAACGUUGGUAAUGUGUGUAUGAGAGCGUGUUGGAAAAUGUCUGUUGAAAGGUCAAAGCUGGUUUUAUUUGUAUCUGUGUUACAGUCAACAGAUCUGAGACCAAAACAAAAUAAAUCAACAAUCCUUUCUGAAUGUAUGAUCCAUGUAUGCUUAUGUUAUUCAUUACAUAUAAUUUUUUAGACCCAAGAUGUUCAUAUAUGUGAAAGUCCCACUGCUUACAGCGUCUAAAGCUAUUUUUUCCCCCACAUAUAGAUCUAGAAAAUGGUUUGUUCACAGGAGAAAAAGUACUGAAGAGUGUAUUUUCCUCCACAGCUUCAAACUGCAUUAGCUGCUCCUCAUGUGUUCAAAUUGCAAUAUUUUUAAGCCCUUGAUUUUAAGUGUUAGUUUGGAAAACUCAGUGUCCCUGUGGUGUAGUGGUGAGCUGUUUGAACAGCUCUUUGUGAGGCCUGUUUAAUGGCCGAUGGUAGGAUGCAUUUGAUAGGCUGUACACUUAGUAAGUCAUGUCAUAUGAUGUGAAGUAAGAGGAUACAAUCUUCAGUUUCACAACCAAAAAAUCACUUCAACAGCCCUAUCAAUAUGAGGGAUCCUGUUGAAUAAUAUCAGAUAAGUGUUUCAUUUUCAGAGGGAAUUCGAAUGCCUAGGUGUACAAUGAAAAAUAUUUGUAUUAAAUAAAAAUAUAAUUAAUUGAUUCUUGGAAAUAACAUGAGGUUGUAACAACAAAUGCUUAAACUACACGAUCAGGAAAUGAGGAAACCUAAUUCUCCUCAGUACAGACAGCAGUUCUGUGUGUUCAUAAUUUUCUCAAGAUGAUACGGCAUAUUUUGUGUGGUUAGAUGAUUUUUCUUGUUUUCACAUCAAACUUUUUUUCACUUUUUAAACAUUUUUUCAAAGUCUGGACACAUUGUGUUAACGUGUUUUUAUUAAUUGGCCUGUUUAAUGUAAUUCAUAUUUUUGUUGGAGUCCACACAAGUCUGGUCUUUAAACGUGGGGAUCGUUUAUAAUAAAGACACAAGAAACAUAACCAGCUUUUAUCUUUCACAUGUGUGUGUGCGCUUGUGUUUUGUAGAUGUGUAUGAAAGAUAAAUUUUAUUUUCCAAACCUGGUCUUAAUUUUAAUUUUGGAAUUAAUUUUCCAAAGUUAAAAUCCUCUCCAGCUUGAUGCCAAACAGUAAUAGAAUAGAAAUGAGUCACAAACAAAUAAUAUAGAGUGAAAACAAAAGGAGCAAAUAAUAAAGAAAGCACAGAAGAGCAAAAUAAUUAUUCAAAUGAGCACAAAGUUUGUUUGAAUUAACAACUACCUAUUCACAAGCACUGGACUAAUGUGUGUUAAAGUCAGAAUAAAUGGUUAUAAUAGGUUAGAGUGGUAAAAAUGUGUCGGCUGAUAUGCAAUAAAUUUACAUUAUUAAUUUAGUGAAGUUGAAGUGGAGACUGCAUAAUUGACAACAGUCAGCAGUUGCAUGUCACAACAUAUUCUUAUCAGAAUAUUUAUUUUAUUUAUUCUUAUAUUAAUAUACAUAUUAGUCCCUACCAUUUACUAUCAGCUGGGAUCUAUAUACACAAUGACAAAGGCAGCUUCCAGAGGUUCCCAACGCUUGGUACUCUACCUAAGACAAAGCACACUGUAAUUAACAUGAUAUUAUUUACUGCUCAUGUAGCCUUGUUUGGGAUUACAGGAACUGGAUAAAUGAGGUCAAUGCAGACAACCCCCUCUACUCUAUAAGAAUUUGGUGAAUUUCUAUGUGGCUAAAGGUUCAACACUAUCUCUGAGUUGUUGGAAAACAUUGUUGGAAAACAAUAACAUAUAUAUGACACCAAAACUGUCACAUGCUGUGCCUGCAAAUAUGAGAACUUUUUUUUUUUUUUUUUUCGAGCGUGGCCUCCAAUUCAGUGCCGAUGAGAUGCAUCUUCUGUACGAAGCCCCAGGAAGUGUUUGUUUAUCAAAGAGUAUGUGAAAACUUGAAAUGAAUUUCAAAUGUAUGUAUUUUACCUUCAUGCAGCACCUUUGAGCCAUAUUUCAAUCUUAUGUGAAACCACUGCAACACACCAAACAAAGCUCUUUUUAUUUUAAAUUUUUUAUUAUUUUCUGUCUUUGGAAGCAGUUGUGCAUUUAAUGUCUUAAUGUUUUGGUUGCAAAUAGAAUGUGCAGUAGAGCUUGCCAUAUAAUGUAAAAGGAAUUAAAUGUAGAAUGCAUAUAAGCUCAUUUGCAGCGUAUCUAGUUAAGCAAUAAGUCUGUAGUAUCUCCCUUUAUAUGGCACUGGCCUGUAUAUGCUUUGUACAUAUGAAAAUAUAACGAUUGGAAAGCUCAUAUAUGUGAUUGUAUAUAGAAGAAUUAUGGAUUUGAAAUCAGCAGCCACUGUUAUUUUUCAGAGAAACAUCAAAUUGUUUUUGUACAAAUGUGAAUGAUUAAAUUUAAAGUAAAAUACAUGAAA